ACCGAUUCCAUUUGGCAAGAAAGUCAAUUUUAUGCGACGUCCGCGAAGGUCGCCUCCCCAAAGGCCUGUUCAAUCCGUAAUGCCAAUAGCCCCAUGGAUAAAGCGGAUAGCCACCUGAUGCAAAAAAAGAUGGAGUACAAUAGUCACUACGACCAAGCUACCCGUAUUAGGAACCCCGGAUACGAAUUGGUUCAUGGAUUAAAGGCUGCUAUGAAUUCCACCUCAGCCAAUACCAAUGGACCCUCGACAGCAACCAACCAGACAAUGAGCGGGGAUGGCAUGAGCAACCUCGAUUCAAUGAUCGCCUGUGUUAGCGGCUCAUAUUUCCGCCAAACGACUGCUAG